AACUUUCUUGGGAAGAGAGUCUGAAAACGGCCGCUACCUCUCUAUAAAAUAUGUCAGAAUUGGAAGACCGGAGCAGGAAGCGAACCACGGCAAACCUCUCUCUCUCUCUCACUCUCGCUAGCUGUUUCUGAGUUGUUACAGGAUUCUUACUCCUCAUCUUCCUUCGGCUUCGCAUUUUUCAUUUCAGCCUCAAAUUUCUGUAAUUUGACAAUCUAAAAUUCAUUUAGGAAGCUCAGAGGCAAGGAUAAUUAAGACAGAGUUGCAAAAUGAUUGCUAGCUUCAUCCCAGGAUGGCUUUUGUUGUUGUUGCUCUUUACUGUGCUUGUUGUUGUGAAGAAGAAGAUAGGAUCAAGGAGACAAACUAAUCUUCCUCCUGGUCCACCUAAGUUGCCUAUUAUAGGUAACCUGCACCAGCUGGGUUCAUUGCCCCAUCGUUCCCUAGCACAGAUGUCCAAGAAAUAUGGACCCGUCAUUCUUGUGCAGCUUGGUGGCGUUCCAACAGUUGUUGUCUCCUCUGCAGAGACCGCAAAAGAGGUCUUAAAAGUUCAUGAUCUUGAUUGUUGCAGUAGACCCAGCUUGGCAGGCACUGGAAGACUUUCUUAUGAUUAUCUUGAUAUAGCUUUUUCUCCCUUCUCUGAGUACUGGAGGGAGGUGAGAAAAAUCUGUGUUCUUGAGAUUUUUAGCACCAAAAGGGUGCAAUCUUUUCGAUUCAUCAGAGAGGAAGAGAUUGCUUCGCAGAUGAAAUUUAUAGCUCAAUCAGCUUCUACCAGUUCUCCUGUUGAUCUAAAUCAGAAGUUACUUGCUCUCACGGCUAAUGUGAUUUGUAGAGUUGGUUUUGGGAUGUCUUUCCAGGGCAGUGAGAUUGAUAAUGAUAGAUUUCAUGAAGUGAUCUAUGAAGCCUUGGCAAUGUUAGGGAGCUUCUCUGCUGCAGAUUUCUUUCCGUAUGUUGGUUGGAUUGCUGAUAGGCUCUCCGGUCUGCAUGCUAGGCGUGAAAAGUCCUUCCAUGAUCUGGAUGCUUUCUACGAAAGAGCGAUAGAUCAUCAUCGUAGAAGCAAAAAAGCCGAGGAGGGAAAAGAAGAUAUUAUUGAUGUGCUCCUCAAGUUGGAGACAGAGAAAGUUGAAAUUGGGGAUAAACCACUUAGCGAACACAUAUUAAAGCAAUCCCUUAUGGAUGUCUUUCUUGCUGGAAUAGACACUGCUGCACUUACCAUGACUUGGGCCAUGACUGAACUAAUUAGAAAUCCAAGAGUGAUGAAGAAAGUGCAAGCUGAAAUUAGAGAGAAGAUUGGAAACAGAGGAAAAGUCCGUGAAGAGGAAUUAGAUCAGCUUGAAUACUUGCAGUUAGUGGUGAAAGAAACUUUCAGACUGCAUGCUCCAGGUCCACUUCUAAUUCCAAGAGAGGCCAUGACGGAAUUUAAGAUCAGUGGGUACACUAUAUACCCAAAAACUCGAAUCCAAGUUAAUGUAUGGGCAAUUGGACGGGACCCCAAUAUCUGGAAAGACCCUGAGGAAUUCAUUCCAGAAAGGUUUCAAAAUAGCUCAAUUGAUUUCAAGGGGCAGAAUUUCGAGUUGUUGCCAUUUGGUGGAGGACGAAGAGGUUGUCCCGGUGUAUACAUGGGGGCAGUUAUGGUGGAGCUUGCACUUGCUAAUCUCUUGUACUGUUUCGAUUGGGAAUUGCCACAGGGGAUGAAGAAGGAAGAUAUCAGCACAGAGGAAGCAGCUGGUCUAACUGUCCACAAGAAGGAACAUCUCAGGCUUGUCCCAAUCACUUAUAACUAGUUGUUCGUAAGUUCAUGUCAUCAUCCAUAUAUAUAAAGCAAAUAUGGAGCAGUUCGCAUUUUAUAUUUGUCAUCUAAUACAUAUUGCAUCCUCGUGUUUCUUUAAAACCAAUUGAAUUUCCAUCUGUUCUGCUAAAAAAUUUAUGAAGUUAAUUUGUAUGAUCGAUUAUUAAAAUUCUAAAAAAGAAGUUAUUAGUGAAAGUUGAUUCCUGGAAA